UGCAGAGCUUGUGGUCGGCUCAGUCGGAAGCCGGCGCGGCGUAUCAGUUGACCGUUAGACAGGGGUAUUAGAGCAGGCUUGCACUCUCCACUCACCACCAACCAACAACGUGCCUACAUACCUACCACCUCUGCGACAAUACCACAAUGACAAAAGUCCAGAAGCCAGGUCUGCCGCGGCUGGAGGCGUUGGAGCGGGUCGCCAACAUACCAAUAGUGGAGUCUGGCAUUGAAGUCACUGAGAAGAUUUACACUAAAAUUAGGGAAUCAAACCCGAUCAUACGAUGGUACUUAUCCCUGGGAGAGAGAUCGCUCGCCACGGGAGUGCAGCUGGCUCUGCCCGCGGUGCAGAUGCUGGAGACGCCCAUCCACCAGCUCGACAAGUUCCUGUGCAUGUCGCUAGAUGUCGUCGAGAGAAGGGUGCCUUCGAUUCACUUGCCACCGCAAGAUUCUGCCCAUCGUCAGAUGUACUCGGAGACGCGUCAGUUCGUACUGCGCCGCGCGGACUCCGUCAAGCAACUGGGGACUGCGGUGCUGGACUCCAGGGUCACCGCGGUGACCGCCAGCGCGCUGGACAGGGCGCUGUCCACGGCUGACAAGUACGUCGACAAGUACCUGCCGCCUGAUUACCAAGAUGCUGCGGACGUGGUGAUCAUAGUGACGGGCGCGGACGUGGUGGACAGCAAGGACGAGUCGGGGCGCGCGCGCGCGGCGCAGGCGGUGGAGCACGGCGUGCGCCUGCGCAAGAAGCUGCAGCGGCGGCUGACGCGCCAGGCGCUGGCCGAAGCCAAGGCCAUCAAGGAGCAGAUACACGUGCUGGUCUAUGUUGCGGAGUUGGUGGCAACAGACCCAGUCCUCGCGUGGGCUAAAGCAAAGGAGCUGUACGCGUCCCUGAGCCGGCCCGAGCCGGAGAACCAAGCGCGCCCGGCAACUCUGGAGGAACUGCUGGUGCUGCUGUCCAGAGAGAGCGCCAGGAAGAUCGUACACCUGAUUAACUACACACAUACGGACCUGCCUAACAAUAUCCGCCAAGGGUUAUCCAUGGUAACGAGACACCUGUCCACAGCUGCGGAUGCUCUACUCAAGACUUUGCCCGUGGAGACCGCGAUCACGGAAGUGCGUGGGCUGCGCAAAAGGCUUCAGGAAUUGCUGAAACAGCUGCAAGACACCUCCAAGACCUAUAUGGAGCACCUCGCUAUGCUGGUGGCCGGCAAUGAAGAGAGAGAGAAGAUAGCGCCGCGCUCUGUGUACGAGCAGAGGGACGACCUGGCGACCUUCAAUGGCGUCAACUAGACCAUAGAUUGUAGAAUGUAGAUACGUCGAACCAUCGUCCAACUUUUGUAGAAUCUGUCUAAUGAAAGCUUAGUGAAAAAUGGCGGCAAAUAUUAAGAAAAUUGGGUUGUGCACCUCCAUACUCUUAUUACCUAACUUUAAGUAAACGUAUUUGAUGUAUAUAUAUUUUUUUUAUAUUUUGAUUGUAAUUAUCUACUCUGGUUGCUUACCAUAAUUUUUAUUCAUUAACCCUAUCACGUACCUAACUAUGUAUUUUUGCUAUGGAGGAUAACAAUUUACUUAGUAUCAAAACAAAGUUAUGAAAGGCGAGGUUAUAAAAAUAAGUUUGUAUAUGCCGCAUUGUUGCCAGUUUUCUGAAAACAUUAAAUAAUCACUCGCAGCUUUCAUUAGAUAAACUCCUAUCCUAUCUAUUCGUCAAUUUUUACCUAAUUAAUUACAUUAAUAAUUUUAGUUAUUACAAAUUACAAUUAAUUAUAUUACCUAAUCAUGAUUCAUUUGUCAAUUUAACGGUAGUUAGGUAUUUGCGUUAACUAAAACUAAUAUAUCUUACAUUUUAAACUAAGCUAGACCGGCUAAAUCUAACUAGUUACCUAAUCAUAUUUUAUACCUAUAAGUUUUUUUUAAAGUACUACCAAUCUAGCUAAUAAGUCGACCUUUAUUUUUUAGGAAAUUUGUAUAGGCACGAUUUAUAUUAAUAUGUUGUUUUUUUUUUACUGAAUGAAUAUACGCAGAAUUAAUUAAUA